GAGAGAGAGAGAGAGAGAGACCUUGGAUCUUUGUGGGAGCAACAUGACAUCUAGAAACAGGCUCGGUGGCAUUCCCUGUUUGCGGUCCACCACAGAAAUAAGAACAGGGCCAGCUGCAACGCCCUGACAGGUGGCCACCUUGCUGAGAGGGUGUGGGAGUGUGAUUAUGAUGAUACAACAAUAAUUAUAACCGCAGAGACUUGUGACUUGACGUGUGAGAAUCUCUGCUUGUGUUGCUGCCUGUUUGAAAGCAGCUCAGUAAUCCUGGAUCAGAGAGGACAAAAGGCCCCUGAGUGCUGGUGAUGUAAGCACUGUGUCCAGUGCUUACCCCGCUGCUCUCCCCUCUCCCACAUGCUGCCUAGUGGGGGGGGGGGGGUGAGGUGGGACAGGGAGGAACAUCCCUGUCGUCGGGUCACCCUGAAGAUUACAGAGUGACACGCGAGCGGUGAUGCUGGCAGGCUAACAGCAGCCUGUCUGCUCUGUCUCAGGGGCCUGCUGCUGAUGACCCGGGACACAGUGGGAAGGAGAAAGUGUUGACCAGAUCGCUGUAGAGGAAUGUGGCUAAGCUUUGGAGAGUGGCGGAUCAGCUCAGUGUGACCAGGAGAACGACCCAGGGACUUUUGCUGCCUUGUUGCUACACUUAUUCGUGGAAGUUGCGAUAGGGUCUCCAUGGACUUGCUGCAGGACUCCAGUCACACCAUGUGGGGUCUGAAUGGCCGCUUAAAGGGCUUCCUGGAGCAGGUGAACAGGCUGCAGGAGGCCAACCAGCACCUGGAGGCUCAGAUAGCCGACUGGGGCGCCAGGAGCGCCUCACGCUCCCAGGACUGGUCCCAGCAGGAACAGACUGUCAAGGAGCUGCGUGUCCAGGUUGGUAACCUUCUGAUGGAGAACGCCCAGCUGGCAUUACAGUCUGACAGCAUGAAAUCCAGAGCUGCUGCCGUCCAGGCCAGUUGUGAGAUGGAGGAGAGGAACACCCGGCGUCUGGAGCAACAGGUGGCUCUGCUCCGGGAGUCAAAGAGGAAUGCAGAUCAGAGCAGUGUGACGCUGCAGGCGGACCUUCGCCACUCCAUGACGGAUCUGCAGUGGAUGCACCACGAGUUUCAGGCAGCCCGGGCUUUAGAGCUGCAGCGUGCCAGCUCCUGUGAUGCUCUGUUAGCGACGGCCGCAGCAGCAGCAGCAGCAGGAGGGGAGGAGGAGGAGGAUGGCACAGGGAUGGAGCUCACCCAGCUCCUCGACCGAAUCAGAGCGCAGUGCGACCAGGGCAGACUCCCCGGCCUGGGAGAGAGAGUCCUCGGCCUGGGUGCCGUGGCAUAUCCACUCCCCGGCUCGCCAGGACCCAGCUGCUCUGGAGCUGCAUCAGCAGCAUCCAGAUCACACGGAGGAGUUCUCAGUGAGGAAGAGGCAGCGUGGACGCAGGUGAGCCUGGGCGGCACCGCCCUGAGGGAGGCUCGAGCCGAGCUGGCCGAGGCCCGGAGGCAGUGGAACUCCCUGCAGGUGGAGAUUGAGACUCUACAUGCCUUGGAGAAAGGCCUGGAGAGCUCCCUGCAGAACACCCAGCGGCUAUACUCCAGCCAGCUGCAGGACCUUUCCCAGGUGAUCGGCGGGCUGGAGGGUGAGCUGGAUCAGGUAAGGUGCGGCCUGGCAACCCAGCGCCAUCGCCACAGCCAGCUCCUCAACACCAAGAUGAGGCUGGAGCGGGAGAUCGCCACUUACCGGCGUCUGCUGGAGCGCGAGGAGGGCAGGUGCAUGGGCCGUACUAGGCAGCAAAUGAGUCUGCGGUCCUGGAGGUCUUUCAUGGAAGAGCCGAAGGAAAACGGGCUUGACAACGGCUUCAGUGACCCUGCUGUCACUCCGGACGAACCCAAGUCUGAGCCCCUGCCUGAAAUACCUUCUCUCCUCCCAGCAGACAGUGGGCUAAAGAAAAGCAUACUGCAUAGACAGCAGAGCCUUGUGAUACUCACAGAGCCGGAGCAAGAGAAAUACUUGCCACUCUCCACUGUGAAGACUCAGGAGAUUCUUCAGGGCAAUGUGGUGCGUGAGAGUGCAGAGGGUCAUGGCACCAUUGAGACGGAGAACUUUGACAAGGUGGUGAAGCAGUGGGAGGGCUCCUUCUUCAGAGGGAAUCCCAAGCUGCGGAAGAAGUCGGUGUCGCUGCGCUUCGACCUGCACAUGGCUGCGGCGGACGAGGGCUGUGGCCAGACCAAACAGGACAGCCUCCCCGACGUGGAGGUGUGUCUCAUCAUGAAGAGAUCGCGCAGCAUCCCGACUAUCCCACAGUAACCCUCACUGCUUUCGCCAGAGUCGCACGCUGCUCCGUGGUUAACACCCGGGAUUGGUGAAGUUACAGAAACAACAGCUGUGUCACCGACAUCUGGGGUAUUACCAUCCAUUGCCAUUAAUGCGCUUAAUGUGUUGUUGUUUUUUAAAUCACAACAUUUGUUGAACUUUUGCAUUUUUGCAACUUUGCAACUGACGAGGGAAACUUGAGAUUUCGCUCAUCAAAUCUCGACUUCUGGCAGGAUAAGCAUUUCCCAUCAGGCUAAUGUGCUGAUCUAAGGGGGACAUUUUUUAUAGUCACACAAAACCACAUCAAUAUAUAUCAGAACUACAUUCAUUACCUUACAGAGGAUUACAAUUUAAUGUGUAAACAUAUUUCCUUUUCAUCAUUCUAGAUGAGGAGAAAGUGGCUCCUAAUGCUUUCACUGUUUCAGUAGAAAGUCACUGGACCAUAGAGAUUAUAUCGACCAUACACACAUGACCACAGCCUUUAAUUCUAAUUAACACUUGGUACAGGAGGCUGAAGGCACACAUAGAUGGAGAUAAAUACAUAAAUCACAGAUGACUAUGAGCUGCUGUGAACUAUCUAAAGGUGGAUUUCU